CUAAAGGAUAGAACUGAAUCUGAAGGAGGCUUUUUGAGAAUCCAAGAGAAAGAAACCUUGAUACACAUCUGUCACAGAAGCAUCUGUACUAAGUAAAGUUUAAUAUCUGGCAUGUCUCCAAAUAGGAGGGACAUUAGAAAAUAACAAAAAACAACUUUGUCAUGACAACACCAGUUAACAGAAUAAAGGGAGCCUCAUUCAGCUUAGGACACGGACAAUCCAACUGCAAGCUCAGUAGAGUUUUCUGAAGUCUUUUUGCUUCUCUGCCAAUCUCAUCAUGAGCUUUAGCUCUUCUAGAGUAGGCAGAUUAUCUACUGGUGUUUAUGGAGCACCAUCAGGUCUUCAAGGUGGUUAUGGAGGGUCAGGGAUUUCUAAAAGCACAGUUAGACUGACGUCUUCAGCCUUGGGAAGUAAUGACCUGUCUGGAUUUGGUGGCAGUGGAGCUUCUGGCUUCAGCACAUCCUUGGCUUUCACCAAUGGAGAUGGCUUGCUGACUGGGAAUGAAAAAUCCACCAUGCAGAAUCUGAAUGACCGCUUAUCCAAUUACUUAGAGAAGGUCAGAUGUCUGGAAGAAACCAAUGCUGACCUUGAGAAGAAGAUUCAUGGGUGGCAUGAGAACCAGGGGUCAGUUACUGUGCAUGAACAGAACUACUUGCCAUACUUUGCAACAAUCGAUGAGCUACGUCAGAAGAUCCACGCAGCAUUUAUUGAUAAAAAUCGCGUCCUUCUUGGGUUGGAUAAUGCAAGGCUGGCAGCAGAAGACUUUAAAUUUAAGUAUGAGAAUGAACAUUCAAUGCGCUUGAAUGUAGAAACGGAUAUUAAUGGUCUCCGCAAGCUCUUGGAUGAGAUGACCCUCUCUAGGGCUGAUCUGGAACUACAGAUUGAGAAUCUUAAAGAAGAGCUCACCUAUAUGAAGAAAAACCAUCAAGAGGAAAUGGGUGCGAAGAGCCAACAGGUGAUAGGAAACGUAAAUGUGGAAAUGGAUGCACCGCCAAUGAAUGAUCUGACCAAGAUCCUGAGUGAAAUGAGGGAAAAUUAUGAGUAUCUAAUGUCCAAAAACCGUCGGGAUUUAGAAACUUGGUAUCUGUCACAGAGUGAAUCUUUGCAGAAUAAAGUGGAGUACAUUACCGAGCAGACCAGCAAGAGCGAAAUCACAGAUGUAAGGCGUAAUGUGCAGGGAUUGGAGGCCGAACUGCAGUCCCAGUACAGUAAGAAAGCUGCAAUAGAAGAUGCUCUUGCAGACACCGAGGAGCGCUACGCCAUGCAGCUCAGUCACAUCCAGUCCAUCAUUGGCGGCAUCGAGGCUCAGCUGUAUGAUCUCCGAUAUGAUCUGGAACAUCAGAACCAAGAGCAUAAAUCUCUUUUAGCCAUUAAAUCCCAUUUGGAAGCAGAGAUUGCCACCUAUCACAAGCUGCUCGAGGGCCAGGAAUUCAGCAUUGGUGACUCAAAAAAGGGGAGUGGAGGCACUGCCACCAUCACCACCACCAUCACUACAGUUGUGAAAGAAGAAGAAGUGUCUUCGGGUCAAAAACAGAACUGAAUUUUACCUUCACGUGAUCCUAUAACAAACUGACGGAAAGUCUGCCCCAGGCUGUGACUUGAUUCUAAGCAAUAAAUAACUAUUUGAUGUCUUCUUGGUCAAACAAAUAUGUACAUGUAAUGAAUCUGCUCUGAAUACUUUCUCUCCUUUACUCUCUGCUCUGAAUACUUUCCCACCUAUACGAUGCUCUAUGUGCAAUUAAAAAUUGUAAAAUAA